AUGGCGGCCAAGCCAAAAUCGGUCCAAGCCGCCGAGAAAAGAGCUUAUGAUGGCCAGAAUGAAAGUCAAGACUCUCAGACCCUGAUGGAGAGAUAUCAUAGCGAGCAUGGGAUUGGAACGACCGACCCCAUGUUGAACAAGAGUGCUGGUUCGCUAAACUUUAAAGAUGUGAACGCAAAAGUCGAGUCAGCGGCUCAGUCUACAAGGGUCGGAAAGUCCACUAAAUUGCCCAACGACGACGCGCUGGAACCCGAAACGCGUCCCAUCGACAGUCUCCCUCUCGCUUUCAAUUCCGACCACAGGCCAUGUAGUAGCUACAAAGCCUCAUCCCCUCGUUCAUCGCACGCUCUGGAGACCGGCAGAUCGCAAGGGCAGCUUCAAACUCUACGUGAUGCUGGGUUAUUUUCCGCCAUUGUCGAUCGACCGAGUCUGUUGACGAAAAAUGGUGUUCUUCGCCCAGUUGCGCCACCCAAAGUUGCCGGCCCACUGAGGACAGAGACCUUGAAGAACAGGAAGAUGGACGACCUUUCGCCCGAGUCUCCGACUCAAUCAAACGAUGGCAGGAGCUACGAGCAAUACCGAAGCUACUAUGAACCCGGCCUUGCGUCCUCUCAACCAUCCAAAGAGCAAGAACAACAAAGGCCCUCCGGGCUUAUCGACCAGGCAGAGUCGCAAAUAUCCCGGGCAAGCAGCUCACACGAGCACCGAACAUUACAUGAAGACGAAACAGGGGCUGUCAAAUUUGACUGGAAUCCUCUCGAGAAUGAUGGCCACGAUGAGGUCACACCAUCAGAGUUGACAGGCACGUCGCAGCCAAAUGCUAUUGCAGGGUCGGCUCUUGAACGGGGUGGUAUGCCGGCGCCGACUAUGCUUCCUCCAGAGACACCGCUGGUCCCCUCGCGAAUGUUCCAGUCAAAUGGAACAGCCAGUGACUUGAUGGGGGCUUCGCAGCUCUUCCAGCAGACGCAGUUCACCUCAGGUGCCAAGAAGUUAGCCUCGCCCACCUCUUCGCGACCGUCGCCCAUGAUAUUCAAUCAUAAUACAAUUUCUCCGAAUAAUGCCUCCUCUCCUCUUAAAGACCGUGGAUUACGCACAUCACCUCUACAAGGCCCAGUUACAAGUCCGGCGUGUUCUGCCCCGGCUACUUCAUCGGUUGUCAAACCACGCGAACAACAGGAACCGGACAUUGUCCUAGAAACUAUUCCAGGAUCGCCUAAUGCAUUUCAGUCGAAACUGAGACACCGGCCUGACCCCAUCGGUGACUAUGCACCUAUUCGAAACUCACCAGAUCCCUACAAUACCCUAGAUAGGUCUCAAGACCAGACAGAUUCGGAUGAUGACAAUUCACAAGAGCGCCGUCGGCUCGCGAGGCAAAGACAAGAGAGGGCAAACAGAUCUUUGACAAACAUCACUCUGCCAAAGCAAUGUAGCAAAGAUAACAUCGAAGUACCUUCCACCAAUCGAAGGAAAAAGAACGCCCUUGCCCAGUCCACAGUCGCCUCGUCCAUUGAAGUCAUCAAGCCCCGUCUACGCCCCGACGUAACGAGUGGACACGACUCACAGGAAACUGUUGCAGAUUCGCAGGAAGUUUCGGGGACAACUAUCGGAGUGCCAAACUCAGAAGAAUCGCCAGCCGAAAAGAUAAUUAUAGACGUGGCGAAGGAAGAUGUGCACUCGGAGCUUCCUUCUGCCCCCCAGCAGAGCGAUGAGACGAAUGAGACGAAUGGAACCAAAGAGACCAUUCCAGAGACCAGUCCUCCUGGCAGCCGGCUUCCAAAACGGAGCACACAACCUACCAAAGUCAAUUCUACCGAACAGCGGACUCUACGUUCGUCGGGAAGAAUUAAUCAAAGCAGCCGACUCAGCUCUGAGGAGACGAGAGAAGUCCCUUCCUCGCCGCCACUCCCGGCACCAAUCGCAGCUUCUACGCAGGGCCCUCCCCGCCGGUCGUCUAAGUCACGGCCUGCGGCCACUCCCAUCCCUCCGAAUUCAGCCGGCGCCGUCAGUGAAAAUGGGCCACCCACGACCUCGUCUACGUUGACUGUCCUGACCGAGACACCGCAACCCACAUCCAGUAGUACGCCAAACACAGAUACAAACGAUGUGCAAGAGUCUGAGAACAGGGACCAUGUGCCUACGGCAAACAACCUUGACUUGUCAUCACCAGCGGCAGCGAAGAAUAGCCGCCAAAAGCCCACAAGGCUCAAGACCUACUCAUCCCCGCGAAACAAACGCCACGCUUCUGUCUCGACGGAUGAACUGGCAUUUUCAACGCCAAACUCAGCUCUCGCAGGGCGGACGUCUCGCUCGUUUCUGCGCAAGUCAGUCAAUGAAACACGACAGCAUCAUUCCAACGCGGGCCUUUUUCAUGGCAUGACAUUUGCUACGUCCUUUCAGUCAGAUCGGGAGAAGCAGUCGGUUGAGAAGAUGAUCACUGCAGGUGGUGGUACCAUUGUUACCAAGGGAUUUGAUGACCUUGUCGAAGUUGGUCCCUUGGAGUCUGAUGAAAUUCCACGCAUACGAUACGGCCAAAACCUUGGUUUCGCAGCUCUCAUCACGGACACACACUCAAGAAAGCCAAAAUACAUGCAGGCUCUUGCACUGGGUCUACCAUGCUUAUCCUGGAAAUGGAUAUCUGAGUGUACUCAAGAAAGCGAAGUCGUAGACUGGUCCACGUACCUGCUCGCUGCUGGUCACAGCCAAGUGCUAGGCACAAUUCGUUCCAGACCGCUAGACUUGUACGACGCCAAGACCACAAGCAUCGAGAGGAUCAUUGAGAAACGGCCUAGAAUGCUGAUUGGCUCAAAGAUCCUAUUGGUGAUGAAGAAAUCAAAGAGAGAGGAAGAGAAACGUAUGCAGUAUGUCUUCCUCGCUCAAGUUCUUGGAGCUUCUUUACACCGAGUCAGCACAUUGGAAGAAGCAAGAGCAGAGCUCAAAAAGAACGAAGACGCCGGAAAUGCUUUUGACUGGGUCUAUGUUGAUGGACAUCCUACCGAAGCGGAAAAGAUCCUAUUCGGUCAAGGGCUACUGCCUUCGAAGAAGCGAAAGAUACAGAGCACGGUCGAUAGCGCAGAGGAGCAGCCAUGCCCAAAGCGAGUCAGGACUCUUACAGACGAGUUGGUUGUGCAGAGCCUCAUCCUUGGGAGAAUGGUCAAGGAUGGAGAGUUGGGUGCUACGUCGUCAUGA